AUGCCAAUCCUACGACACCUGAUAGACGCAUGCCGGAAAAGUAGUACCCUCAAUGGCCAUGACAAGCUGCUCUACCAAGCCGCCAUGCUGCUAGUGUUCUUUGGAUUUCUCCGGUGUGCUGAAUUCACUAAUGGCGUCACACGGGGCUGCAUCAGCUUCCCUGGUGACGGAUGCCUACAGCUUUUCCUGCGUUCGUCCAAGACGGGCCCAUUCGGCAAAGGCGUCACUAUUGAUAUUGGCCCAUCCGUACCGCCGUACUUCCCAGUCCAUGCCAUGGUUAGCUACCUGUUUGCCACUCGUCGCCAAGGAACCGAGCAACGCUUGUUCAUACUCUCGAACGGACAGCAGCUGACCCGACAGUCAUUCACAGCAACAGUACGGUCUCUUGUUGCCACGGCCGGGGUACCAUCCCAGUCGCACUACUCCGGGCGUUCAUUCCGCAUCGGCGCAGCCACCACCGCUGCUAUGGCCGGUGUCCCCGACUCCCUCAUCCGAGCGGCAGGUCGAUGGAAGAGUGAUGCAUGUCUACGCUACAUCCGGACUACAGCGAGGGCUAAACGCCAGCUAUCGUCCCGGCUUGCUGCCGUGUCACGGAUGCCAUGA